AUGACGUCGCUUGUUGAAGAACUCGAAGAAGAACAAAUAUCAAGAAUUGAGAAAGGCAAAGGCAAAGAUUGCCAUGGAGGAAUUGAGACAGUCAUAUGUACUUCUCCCAGCAUUGUUUGCCUUACACAAAAGUUGAUAGCAGAGAUGAUUGGGACAUAUUUCAUAAUAUUCUCCGGAUGUGGUGUGGUGGUAGUGAAUGUUUUGUACGGUGGAACAAUUACAUUUCCGGGGAUUUGUGUAACUUGGGGUCUCAUUGUUAUGGUCAUGAUUUACUCUACCGGUCACAUUUCCGGUGCACAUUUUAACCCUGCGGUUACCGUCACUUUUGCCAUUUUUCGGCGGUUUCCCUGGUAUCAGGUACCAUUGUAUAUAGGUGCACAACUUACGGGAUCACUACUAGCGAGUUUGACACUGAGAUUAAUGUUCAAAGUGACACCAGAAGCUUUCUUCGGAACAACUCCGGCUGAUUCGUCAGCACGAGCGCUCGUAGCAGAGAUCAUUAUUUCAUUCCUUCUUAUGUUUGUUAUCUCCGGCGUUGCCACUGAUAAUCGUGCGGUUGGAGAAUUAGCUGGAAUUGCAGUGGGGAUGACUAUAAUGUUGAAUGUCUUCGUGGCUGGACCGAUUUCGGGAGCAUCAAUGAAUCCAGCAAGAAGUCUAGGACCAGCAAUUGUGAUGGGAGUAUAUAAAGGAAUAUGGAUUUACAUUGUUGGUCCACUCGUCGGAAUUAUGGCCGGAGGUUUUGUUUACAACCUUAUAAGAUUUACAGAUAAGCCACUUAGAGAACUCACUAGGAGUGGUUCUUUCCUCCGUUCGGUUUCUCCAAAACACAAAGCUUCUUCUUCUAAGAGUUAA